GCUGGCUGUGUCAACCACGCCCCCUUUUCUGCAUAUUUGCAAAAUUUCUCUGGAGGUCUGGAGACUCGAUGGCAGGCAGCAGUUUUUGUGGAUUCCGGCUCCUGAGGCCCUUCUUGGGCACUUCAGGAAUACUCAGGGUGCCCCUCAGACACAGCAGCUUAGUGGCCAAGAAGAGAUUUUAUCGACGGACAAGUGUACUUGAGGCUGGUGGUGGCUUAUGGGAGGUGACCCUGGAUCAAAGGAGAGUGCGAACCCCUGCUGGACAAGUGCUCAGGGUGAGCAACGAGUCUCUAGCCCUGGCUCUAUGUCACGAAUGGGACUCUCAAAAGGACACAAUUAACCUGAGCACCAUGCAUUUGCAUGGUCUUGUUAGCACCGCUCUUGAUAACCCAAACAAAUUGACGAAAAUGGAUCUGGCCCAAAGUAUAGCUCAGUAUCUAGAAACUGACACAGUUCUAUACCAUUCAGAGGAACCGGAAGAUCUUUUAAAUCUACAGGCAGAAAAGUGGGUUCCUAUCAUAGCGUGGUACAACGAUGUCAUGGAUUCUUCAUUAAAGCAUACAACAUCUAUUUCCACUCCUGAUAUCACAGAAAAAGACAAGCAAUCUCUGAUAAGAUAUUUGCUGUCGCACUCGUUUGUGGCACUGCAUGGAUUGAGUUACGCUGUGGAUGUUCUCAAGUCUGUAGUUCUUGGAACAGCCCUAGCGAGGCGGCAUUUAGGAGUUCCCGAAGCUGUGUUGCUGUCUCGUCUUGAGGAAGACUACCAGUGUGAACGGUGGGGCCGUGUCGAGUGGAGCCACGAUAUUUCACAAGAAGAUGCCCAGGCUAGGGUUGCAGCUGCUUCACUUAUAAUUCAACUGUCUUCACCUAGCCCAACUGUCACAACCAAGAAUAAAUAAUUUAUAUCUACUUAAAAAUGUGUAGAUAUGUUUAGAUGAAUUAAGGAAAAAUCUUCUGAUAUUUUAAAAUUUGCUUAAAUUUAUUGAAACAAGAACAAUAAUAGUAAAUAGCUGUGUACAUCAAUAACCGCAUUUCAAAGCUUUAAUCUGCUUCAAUCAAGUAAUACAGUGGCUAAAUCCAAAAAAUGCAAGGUUGAAAUGUUUAAAUAAAAAAAAUGUUGAAAUCACUCA